CCAGCCUGCGAACAGAUAUCAGCACAAAGGAUCCUGUGUGUGUGUUCAAACACACUUUGCCCUUCGCAGCACACACACCGACGCUCGCAUCUGCCUGCACCAAACGAUGAGCAAAACAUCUGCAGAUCUCCUCAUCAUCUAUGAGUCGGAAGCAGAGCAGUGGGCAUCCUAUCUGCGCUCCCUCCUAGCCGACUCCAUUCCAGAGGCCGGAAUCUGUUGCUACGACAUCGCCAUGGUGACUGGUCGACGGGACACCUUCCUGGAGCUGAGUGGCUACAAGUGCAAACUACUGAUCCUGUCGCGGGGCAUGCUGGAGGGCCUGUGCCAGCUGCGUCGCUUCUUCCUGGCCCGUGUGCUACGGCCUGAGGCACGGGUGGUGGUGUUGCUGUGUGGAGUGGACAGUCUGAUGCCACUGCUGGAGCUUGUCCCACUGAAGGGCGAACAGUGCCUCCAGAUAUCCAGUGAGCAGGACGCGCAAGAGUACCGCUCAGCAGUGGCGGAGAUCGUCCGCAGAGGUGAGCAAACUUCAGAUAUGAGACCAGCACAGGAACUAAAGCCGGAGAGAAAGCUGCCUGCAGGCGCUUCACAAGCAAAAUCCCCACUGCUGCUCCUACCCAGCCGUGUUCCAUGUGAGAAUCCAGGGGAGGUUUUCCUGCUCUUGCAGGAGCCGGUAGUUAGUAAAGACUGUGAGGUGGAGUUCAGUGGGGGUAAACAGAGAGCGAGAGUGAAGCCAAUGAACUGGAACGAGAACACCCUCAGUGUGGUCGCUGCAGAAUUUCCUGCUGGAAGUGUGGGUGUAACGCUGUACUGCAGAGGUGUAAUCAAAGCCAAGGCACGCCUACACUACUACAGCACUAUGGGAGAGAUUGAACGCCUGCUCAAGCAGGCUGCGGACCCCAUGAACUUCAUGUGCCAGGCCUUUCAAGUGUCCUCCACAGAGAAGCUGGAUCACAUUCUGGGGUCUUGUCUGAUGCGGAAGAUGCCUACUGGAGGUUUUCAAGGCUUACAGAAUGAUCAGACUGUGUCUGGAUCCUCACAUUCUGAGGACAUUCCCACUCUCCUGCACUUUGCGGCCGAGCAUGGAUUGAAGGACUUAGCUAGCAUUCUUUUGCAAUGCCCUGGAGCCCAGCAGGCUAUGAGAACCACCAAUUGCCUUGGAUACACACCUCUGGUGCUAGCACACACAUAUGGGCACACCCAGCUCCACGUCCUCCUUCAGGAGUCACUGGCAAUGAGCAGUGGAGAAGACUGCAAUGAUGACACAAGCGUGUACGAGCUUAUGGGCAGUGCUGGGAAUCUGCAGGUUACUGACAGUCAUGAUGAGGCUCGGACAGGUGGAUUCAGAGACGCUGAUGAAGAGGAUGCAGAGGACGAGGAGGACCCCUAUGCCCACCUAGGAGCCAGUAACGAAGAGUAUGACACCAUCCUGACCUCCAGCAGCUCUGUGGUUAUAGCCAACCGCCCCCCUGCACCCACCCCCAGACCUGAAACGCUCCCACCCAAGGAGGACAGCACACCUUUCAUAGCCCAGGUGUUCCAGAAGAAAAUGUCCCAAGCAGAUUCAGAAACUCUUUACUCCUUACCAACUAAGCAAGCUAGGGGGCGGCACACCAUCCCAAGUACAUACGACACGUUUGUGCCAAGCCAAGACGAACUGAUCAGACUACAGGAGCAAGUGAAGAGAGGUUCCCUCAGCAUGGACGAAGCACUGGAAAGAUUCAGUGACUGGCAGAGGCUUCAGCGAGGGCUAGACUCCCUCCAACAGGAGAAACUGCAGCAAUUGCGGGCGAGUAUCAUCAACAACCGAGAAGAUGACGACAGUGUAUAUGAUAAAAUCAACAUCGUUCAUCACACACCACCUGUGACCACAAAUGAAUGCCGGAGUGGGAGCCAGCAAGCGGAGACUGAUUUCUACAGUAAGCCCCUCAAAGGACAGCAUUCCAAUUUCUUUUGGAAGGCAGACAAACGAUGAAACUGCUUCGCUUGGACAUAUACUCUAAUAUAUGGUUGAAGGUGUUCCGAUUGGAACGACACCAGAGGAAGACACAAGAUCACAAAGCUUUCAAUGUGGAUAGGAAAGAUGCCAUCUGAUGCCAGUCUAGCAGAUUCCCUACUUUAUGUUCUUUAGAAAAAGGAGGUCAACCAAAAUCUACCAACAGUCUUAAAAUUGAAAUAUUAUUCAUCUUAACCCUUGAAACUACAGUACAGUUGUAUGCAAAAGUUUGCAUACCCCAGUUCAAAACACACGUUUUGUUGAUUUUCUAAGGGCUUUUCUUAUGGCUUAUUUGCUGAAUAAUGCUCUGUGGCAUAUUAUGGCACAUUGUAUAUUUUAUUAUUGUUUCCCCAAUAUGAUAAACUUAACAAAGAAAUAGAAACUGUGCACUAGAAUUGGCAAAAAAGGCCAUAUUUAAGGUUUGUUCCCUGUAGAGGAUGGGUAAACUUAGUUUCACUUAGAAGAGCAACAAAACAUGAUCUGACCGGGGGUGAUUCUUAAUUAUAUGUUGUCCUACUUUGUUUUUAUUUGUUGCUCAUGUUAAAAUGUCUGCUACUAUAAGAAUAAGUUAAUAUAAUUAUCAAGGCAAUUUUGAAAUCAAUAUUAUUUUUAAUAAAAUGUCAAUUUAUCUUUA